UCCCUCAGCACACAGACACAGCUCACUCUCUCUAAAGGAGGGAACGAGGCAGAGACACACACACACACACACACACACAGAGAGAGAGAGGGAGAGAGAGAGAAAGGAUCAAGAGAAGCUGGAGAGGAGUCUAUCUCUGAGCUGCUCUCUCCACUGCAGUGUCUGGCUUUCACUAAAAGGUCUGUGACCAUGUUUUUCCUGCUCUUGUUUGCCUAAUUUAUUCCUGCGAGGGCCAGCAGAAAGAAAGGCGGAAAGAAAAGGCAGAAUAGUAAAGAGUGCAACUGUACACCGUGACUCGCUGAGAGGGAAUGCAGAGAGGUUCUGGCCUCUGGUUGUUUCUAGUGGAUGGACAAGCACUGACAAAACAAGAGACGGGGGGAGAGAGGCAACACUUUGAGGAGCUUUGAUCAAAAGAGAGAAGCAACUGAGACCGAGGAGAUUGUUCAACUCUGCUUUUGUUGCGGCUUGUUUUCUUUUUCUGUGACAUCUGAGCCACUGACACCACAGACUCUGAGAAGUUGGAAGAGCCACAAGAAAACAUCAUUUCACCACAAACAACAUAAGGGCAGGACUUCUUUGAUGAACUCUGCUGCUGCAAAAACAACACAGAUUCUUGGAGGGAAGUAGGAGUGGAUUGUCUUUUCGCACCACACUCCUCGUUUUAAGUGUGGAACCACUGUCUACGCAUGCUUAUUUUCAGGGCACUAAGGUGUUCCUGAGGCAAAAACAGCAGGAGUGUGUAAAAACCAGAGUCACACUCAGAAAAUUGUCCUAACUGCCAUUUUUUUGGGAAGUGUGUGCAAACACUUCCAAAGCGUUAUAACUCUUCUUCCUUGCUAUAACUUCUUAAAGAGCCUUGACAUGCCAAGAGUGCGCCUGGACUAGAACUGCCACAGAUUAGCAGAUAACACCUUGGUACUGCAGGAACUGGUUGAACUAGUUUAUAAGUUGGAGGAGAGGGCAGGGCAGUUUAACCCUGCCUGAAGGGGAGCUGUGUUUUUUUUCCUCCCAGUUGCUUGUCCUUUUUGGAGAAAGUCAUGCGCCGAGCGUGAGGGGCUGACCUUCUUUCUUAUUUGAGCAGUGACUCUUGUUUUGUCCCUCACCACUGUGCUCAGGGAUAGGUGAGGGGAUUUUUUUCUUUUUUCCUCGGGAGACAGAGAGGGAAAGUAAAGAGGGAGAGAGAGAGAGAGAGAGAGAGAGGGUAAUUUAUUGUUUCCUGUGAAAAGAGCAAAGCUGCACCCUUUUCUCCUGCCUGAACUCUGAACCACUACAUGUGUGUCUGAAGUUUUCUCAGACCUUGGGAGCCAUUGAUCAGAGGUCAGGGCAGAAAACAGAGGGGUGAAAGACAAGAACACAGAGCGGAGGGAUUAAAUAAGAGAGAGAAAGACCUCCAGGUCAGUCUGAGCAGACGGCAAAGGGGAGUAAGGUCAACACCGUGGAGCCUGGGACAUCAUUUCAUCACAUUUCUGGACCAAACUUGCUUUGAAUUACAAACGUGGAGCCACUGUCUUCACGUCUGGGAACACUUUUUACACUUGGAGGGUAGUUGGGAGCUGGGGGACCAGGGGGACCAGGCGGGUCCAUGUAUGAUCAAGUCACAGGACUGCACGUCUCAGAAAAUAUGGCCAUGGUGAGCGGGGGAUGGGGCAACCCUAAUGGGGACACUAAUGGACUGGGGGAGAAGGCUUACCUGAAGAGAGAGGAAGAGGAGGGAUCGCCCCAGGCUGGGAGCAGCGACGUGGACGUCGGUGAUGAGGACAAGACCUGCGUGGUGGACUGUGUGGUGUGCGGGGACAAGUCCAGCGGGAAGCACUACGGUGUGUUCACCUGCGAGGGCUGCAAGAGCUUCUUCAAGAGGAGCAUCAGACGAAACCUCAGCUACUCCUGCAGAUCAAAUCGAGAAUGCCAAAUCGACCAGCAUCACCGCAACCAGUGCCAAUACUGUCGGCUGAAGAAGUGUUUCCGAGUUGGGAUGCGCAAAGAAGCUGUCCAGAGAGGUCGGGUCCCUCCGACUCACCCAGGGAUCAGUCCAAACUCGCUGGCAGGCGGGGUUGCAGGUGCCGGGCCAGGUCACAUUGGGGCCGAUUAUUUCAACGGGCAGCCGGUCUCAGAUCUCAUCUCCCAGCUCCUGCGGGCCGAGCCGUAUCCCAGCAGCCGUUACGGGCCUCCCUACAGCCAGACACAGAUGCAGGCGUCUGUAAGCGGAGCAUCCGUCAUGGGCAUCGACAGCAUCUGUGAGCUGGCCGCGCGCCUCCUCUUUAGCACUAUUGAGUGGGCCAGAAACAUCCCAUAUUUUCCAGAGCUGCCAGUUUCAGAACAGGUGGCGCUGCUGAGGCUGAGCUGGAGUGAGCUCUUCAUCCUGAACGCUGCUCAGUCUGCUCUGCCUCUGCACAUGGCUCCUCUGCUGGCAGCAGCUGGUUUCCACUCAUCGCCCAUGUCCGCUGAGCGCGUGGUGUCCUUCAUGGACCAGGUCAGGGUUUUCCAGGACCAGGUGGACAAGCUGAACAGACUACAGGUGGACUCGGCCGAGUACAGCUGCCUCAAAGCCAUUGCAUUGUUUUCACCUGAUGCUUGUGGACUGACUGACCCGGCUCACGUGGAGUCCCUGCAGGAGAAGGCCCAGGUUGCCCUGACUGAGUACGAAAGAAUGCAGUACCCCAACCAGCCUCAGCGCUUCGGCCGCUUACUGCUACGUCUCCCUGCGCUGCGCGCCGUGCCGGCAAACCUCAUCUCCCAGCUCUUCUUCAUGCGGCUGGUGGGCAAGACGCCCAUCGAGACGCUGAUCCGAGACAUGCAGCUAUCGGGGAGCUCCAUCAGCUGGCCGUACGUACCGGGACAGUAAACCCCCAGCAACUCCAGAGUAAGAUGGACUGAGAUCAGAUGGGAGAGGAUACAAAAGAUUAUAAUCAAAUACAACCUGAAUGUUUUGAAUACAACCUGGGAACAUGUUUGAGUGUAAAGGUCAGUUUUUCCCUCAUUGGCCCCCGUAAAGUUGGUGUUACUAACACCAAAGCUGCUUUCAGGGAAACAAUUUUUUUUUUUUGUUUUGUUUUUUUUUCCGCACUUGACAGUUUUCUAUGACUUUUAUCUGAUCGCUCUUUGUCUUAUUCUGGACAUCAAACAGGGCUUUCAUUUAAAAGCAGACUCUAACAUGAGGCCGUGUGCCUGUACUACCUCCUCCCAUAUCACCUCAUAUGUGAUUCCGUUUGAACCCAAGCCUGUGCAUUCUCCCCCUCUGCUCUGUUUCUCAAUCAACAUGAAGCCAUAGCAGUGCCACUUUUACGUUGUCACAGCCGGGACGUGGUGUUCAGGCUGUGUCAUGUUUGUGAUGUGAUACCAAAUGUAUUCUGGAAGACUGCAAAUAAUCUAAAACAAAGAUGAGGCAUGAGCACUGCACUAUGUGCGGUACUCUGAAAAGUACAACAAAUACUUUGCAUAUCAUGUGCUGAAGGGAGUAGCUCAACAUUUUAUGCCGCUUUUCCACUACAUGGUACCGGCACGACUCGACUCGCCUCAACUGCUUUCCAAGUCACUAGUCACUAGUUUGUGUGUGUCCCGUGUAAAACGAAGUCACAGCAGUUUCAUGCAGCUGUGCAGUGAUGACUCCGCCCACGUUAAGGAGGUACUAUAGUAAUGGACAACGGACUGAACCGCAUAGAGUCGAGCUUUGCCGUGCCGAGGCGAGGCGUGCCAGGACCAUGUAGUGGAAAAGCGGUAGAAAAGCAGCCAAUCUGUAAUCUGUCACUGACACAAGAAAAGUCCACCUCACAGAAACUUGUAAUGGAACAUGCUUCAUCCCUUUCGUUUCAUCCACACACAAAAAAUGUGAAAUUUAUGUGAAACUAGUGGUUGUUGAUCCUGGCCAAUGAAAAAGCACAUUUUAAAACAGUUUUAUGCCCUUCAGUUUGUGUCAGAGAUGUAAUCCCGGAAUACAAAAACUGAGGAAGAAUGCAAACGACUUGAUGUCCUUUAAUGAUGAAUUACGCCUUUAACACUGAACAACAUCGUGCUCUUGCAUUAGGAAGAAACAAAAAAAAAGUGAAGGUGAAUAUGCUCAGACCCCCUGGCUCAUCAGUCACAUCCCUGUGUAACAUUAUUACCUCGUGUUUUAUAUAUAUAUAUAUAUACAUAUAUAUAUGAAAGAUUGUAUAGUGAACAGUUAGUGUACUAAAGACAAAUAUAAAGGGAUCAAGUUAUCAUUACAACAGAAACAAUUAUAGUCCUUCUGUCCACCAGACUGAUGCCAAAUCUUUUUUGUUUUUGUUUUUUUAAAUGUAAAGUUUGAUGUAAGGAGGACUUUCACAGUUUCACUGCAGACUCACUGACAGGAAAGUAAACUGUGUAUUUUGAUUUUUUAAGGAUAGAGGUGGCUUUCUUUUUUUGUCAUGUUUGUGUUCCACUGUUUCAAGCACGCCCUAAUGGACAGCAGUCAAUGUCAGAUCAUGAAUGUGCUCAUACGAGAUCCUUUAAGUGUUGAAGUGCAAAGGUUGUGUUUGUUUGUUGGUACUGAGACAAAGGGCACGGUACUACUGUUCAUGAGUGUUAUUGUCAUGAACUGCAGCUCGGUGUCGCCACAGGUCUUCAAAAAACAAGUUGACAAUUUUGUGGUUGGAGGUUUUAUAUCACCUGAUAAAAAAAAAAAAAAAAAAGAGGCAACAAUGACUGACCCCUGCAACCUCUCCUGAAUCUCACACUGUGUUAUUUGUUGGAAUGUAAACUCUAGUGAUUUUGACUGUUUUAGCUUUGCAUUUAAAACAACUUUGUUCCUUUUGAUCAUGCCAAAGUGAGAGAAAAAUGCAACUGGUGGUUAUUUUUGCAUUACUGAAAAAUAAAUGUAUUCACAUUC